AUGGGCGCCUAUCUCUAUGGGCGCCUAUCUCUCGGGGCGGCUAUCUCUAUGGGCGUCUAUCUCAAGGGGCGCCUAUCUCUAGGGGUGCCUAUCUCUAUGGGCGCCUAUCUCUAUGGGCGCCUAUCUCUAUGGGCGCCUAUCUCUAGGGGUGCCUAUCUCUAUGGGCGCCUAUCUCUAGGGGCGCCUAUCUGGGCGCCUAUCUCUAUGGGCGCCUAUCUCUAUGGGCGCCUAUCUCUAGGGGCGCCUAUCUCUAGGGGCGCCUAUCUCUAUGAGAGCCUAUCUCUAUGGGCGCCUAUCUUUAUGGGCGCCUAUCUCUAUGGGCGCCUAUCUCUAUGGGCGCCUAUCUCUAUGGGCGCCUAUCUCUAUGGGCGCCUAUCUCUAUGGGCGCCUAUCUCUAGGGGCGCCUAUCUCUAUGGGCGCCAAUCUCUAGGGGCACCUAUCUCUAUGGGCGCCUAUCUCUAUGGGCGCCUAUAUCUAUGGGCGCCUAUCUCUUUGGGCGCCUAUCUCUAG